AUGAAUACAAUGGAAAAACCUAUGACAAAUGGAAUAGAAAAAGCUUGGUUACCAAUUCAAGCAUCAAGAAGUGCACGAAAUACAAUAAAUCCUAUCCGACGUAUUGUUGAUCGAAUGAAAAUAAAUCCAAAUCCAGCUAAAGAAAUGAUAUCCCUAUCCAUAGGAGAUCCAACACAUUAUGGAAAUAUGCUUCCACCACUUGAAGCUUUAGAAGGAAUUCUACAAUCUGUACAAUUACCUACAUCACAUGGUUAUGUACCAUCAUUUGGCACAUUAGAUGCACGAAAAGCAGUAGCUCAACUUUGGUCUCGAUCUAAUUAUACAUUAAAACCUGAAAAUAUUAUUUUAACUAGUGGUUGUUCUCAUGCAUUAGAAAUAUGUAUUAAAUGUUUAGCGGAUCCAGGAGAUAAUAUUCUUCUUCCUCGACCUGGUUUUUCACUAUAUAUUACAUUAUGUGAAUCACUUGAUAUUGAAAUCAGAUUUUAUGAUUUAAUACCAGAAGAAAAUUGGCAAAUUAAUUUAACUCAUCUUGAAUCAUUAAUUGAUGAUCGAACACGAACUAUUAUAAUUAAUAAUCCAAGUAAUCCAUGUGGAGCUGUUUAUUCCGAAGAACAUUUACGAAAUAUUAUACAUAUAUGUGAACGACAUCAUUUACCAAUUAUUGCUGAUGAAAUUUAUGCAGAUAUGGUUUUCUCUAAUCAACAAUUUCAUUUUCUUGCUAUGCUUUCCGAAAAUGUACCAAUACUUUCUUGUGGUGGUAUGGCAAAACGAUUUAUAUGUCCAGGAUGGCGUAUUGGUUGGAUUGUUAUUCAUGAUAGACAUAAUCUUUUCAAAGAUACAGUUCAACCUGGUCUGUUGGAUUUAUCUAGUCUUAUUCUUGGUCCAAAUUCAGUUACUCAAGCAGCUCUACCUUAUAUACUUUCUGAAACACCAGAUUCUUAUUUUAUGGAUAUUCUUAAUCAACUUCGAACCAAUGCAGAAUAUUUUUAUAAUUCGCUUGUAAAUGCUCCUGGUCUUCAACCAACUAUGCCUCAAGGUGCUAUGUAUAUGCUUAUUCGUAUGAAUCCAUCGGAUUAUAAUGAUAUUGAAAAUGAUAAAGAGUUUUUUACUAAACUACUUUGUGAAGAAUCAAUAUCAUGUCUUCCUGCAUCUGUAUUUGGUAUUGAUAAUUUCAUUCGUAUUGUACUUACAACACCAACGGAAAAAGCUGAAGAAGCAUGUCAUCGAAUACUUGAAUUUUGUCGACGACACGCAAAAUCUAUUACUUGA